UUGGCACAUACGUGCGUACAUAUUGUCAUAUUUAUGUUUAAAAAUUCAAAGUCUUGUUGGAUCGGUGUGUCAGUAGAAAAUGGAUAAGCGAUAAAGCAUUUUAAACGUAUAUAUGUAUACGUGAUGGCAAAUAGGCAUACAGUGGGCUAAUUUUUUCGCGUUAGUGUAUGUAGUAUAUUUAAAGUAUGUUCAAAAAGAAUGGAGUUGGCAAUGACAAUAGUGGCGGUGGUAGCAACAACGAGUGACGGCAAGUGACUAAGGGGCAAGGGGUACAUCGGAUAGCGACGCUUCUAGCGCGCAAGUCGUACUGGUGGACGCGAAUGCAGUUACGGGAGCGCAGUGCGACCCAACGCAACUCGCGAAUGCACAGUCAGCUAGUACCGAAAUAAUAAUCAAAAAGAUAUUUUGAUUCUAGGAUAUUACAAUAUUUAUAAAAACAUGGAACAAAAGAAAAGCUUGGGUAAUACACUGAAAUUGAAUUAAGAAUUUAUGAGAAAAAAGGUUUUCAUAUUUUAUAGUAGAAGUUACCAGUGAUUUUGUGUAAAAGAAGUGUGUCAAUAAAGUGUAAAAAUGGAAUGAGAAAAAAAAAAAUGGAAAAAAAGUGGAUUUAGAGAAAGACUGCAGUUAUUCUUUUAUCUAAAAAGCAAAAUUCAAUUAUGAGAAUAAAAGUUCACCGGUUAGCACAAUUUCCAUUUUUCAAUUUUUUUGCCGGAUAAUGCGAAAUUUUGAAUUAUACUUAACCAAGCUAAUUUUACUGAAAGUUCUCUCACUAUCAGCAUUACAACUAAAUUAUGGUAUAUGGUAAAGUCGUUAUGGUAUAUGGUAUGGAAGAUCAAAAUAUGGUAAACAUACCAUAAUUAUGGUAUGGUUGGCAACGCUGCUUGGAGUUCCAAGAGCCCCGGGUUCGAGUCCUCGUCGGGUUCGUGUAUUUUCGUUUAUUCAAGUUGUCAAAUCAAAAAACUUAAGAUAAAUCAAUCAUUUAUGGAGAACGUUUGCAAAGCAUCUUAAUGGUUUUUGUAUACAAUCACAUUUUUAAACGUCUCGAAAACACGAAACGAAAACAUAAAAAAUCUAUAUCACUGCAGCUUGAACGUCAGUGCUAGUAACAACUGUGUCAGUAGUGGCAAAUCAUUUAAUCGAGGCGCGGGAGAUAAGAAGGUGACGAAAGAAAAAGCUGAGGACCAGCGAAAAAAAGAACUAGAUAGACAUUAAACAUUGUAAUAAAAGAAUGAAUAUAAUAAUACAAUUGAAAAAAAUAUAGUACAAAUUUGCACGUGUUAUAAACGCAUACGAAUGAUUCAUACAUUCACCCGAUGAAUCCAUGUGACCUGUACAACGAAAACACGAAGUGAAUCAAAUUAACUCAAGUUCCUCAAAACUUCAGAUUAUUUGGGAUAUUUUGUCUAUCAUCUCCCGCGCCACUCAUAAGUUGAAGAAAAUGAUUCAAUUUAACCAAAUCUUUUAAGUGAAAAAUAAUUCCAAAACUCCUAUUUACAUGAUAGUGAUAAUCUUCAAAUUCGAUAGUGAGUGAGAAUAUUUCAAUGAUACACAACCUGAAAGGCGUAAACAAUCACCAUACUAAGAUGUAAUUUUACUAAAAAUGGCGGAUUGCCCCUAUGCCCGAUGUAUACAGGAACGAAGACAUAUCAGAAGGGAAUUGCUGCGAUGGACAAAAAAUAUGGUCUUCGUAGUUGGUCUGGAACGUGUAGCAGAAGAGUUGAUGGGCCGUAGGAGAUGGAAGCAAUACCAGGGCACCCUGUACAGCAGCACUCGAAGCGAACCAGCGAGCCAACCACAUCAUCGGCUCUACCCAGUAUUUCCGACAACCUGCAGCAAUUCAUCUUCAGGGAAUGUGAUUCAAGUAGGGUCAAGUGUAGAUCAAUUAUUGACCGGUAUUCAAAAUCAAAAACAAAAAUCAGUGACACCAUUGCCAGAAGUUUUGUGUACAAAAGAAGAAGACAGUACAGAAAAAAUUAUCAACGAGUUGGAAAAUCACAAAAACAAGAUCGAUAUAUAUUCUAUGAAAUCAAUCGAUAUCAAGAUCGAAAGAGAAAACGAAUUAACUCGGGACAAACAUCAUUAUCUUCAAGACGAACGUUUAAAGCAACAAAAUAUAAACGAGAACGGUGACGACGAAAGUAUCGACGAAAACUGCACGGGCAAAAACGAUAGUAUCGAGAAGCUAUCAAAUUUGGACGACAGUAUUUUAGUUGAAAAAUCAGUGGGUCUGACGACGGAAGAUCUCAAUCAAGAGUCAAUUUCGAGAGUUACGGACGAUAAUGACCAUACAAAUACGGAAGAAAGAAAGACGGAUGACAUCGUGAAUCGAAUACCAACUCUUUUACGAGUAAAGAAAGAGGAAGAAUUAAAAAUAUUACAACAAGUCGUCUGUGAAAGUGAAAACACAACUACAACAUCCAAAGUCCUUACUGAGACUGAAGUAAAUAGGCUCAAUACACGGACACAGUCUGAAAUAUCUAAAGAAUUCGUCACUUUACCCUGUUUUAUCAAUCGAAGGGUGAGCCCAUCUCCGGAGGACUGGAGACCGCUGGACAAAUGCUAUUUUUGUUUAGACGGAAAGCUGUCUCGUGACGAUCAACCACCAUUUAGCCCACAAAGUGAAAGUAGCAGUAGUUCAAGAUCAGCAGAAUCUCCAAUGUCAAUGCAAGUAGAUCCUAUGGCCGCGUCUGUGGUUGCAGCUGCUCUGAGUGGUACUUAUCCAACGUUACUGCCACAAUGGUGUCUUCCACCGAGAGAAACUUCGAAUAUGAAUAAUCGAAGUCAAUCAGACACCAGUCAGUUGGCAGAUCAGCCUCUUGAUCUUUCUGCAAAACCAAAAAUAAAUCAGGAUAGCAACGUAUCUAUGUUGGAUCAACCAAAAAUACCCAUGAGAACGCCUUUAACUAUGGACACAAAGAACAUUUUCACAUCAUCAUGCCGGCCAAAACCACGUUUGCACGGUACAGUUGGUGUAAGUGGAGUACCAGUCGUUGGUAGUGGUAGAAGAACAUACACGGAAGAAGAACUACAAGCAGCCUUAAGAGACAUUCAAAGUGGCAAGCUUGGUACAAGGCGGGCCGCCGUAAUUUAUGGAAUUCCGAGAAGCACUCUUCGCAACAAGGUCUACAAGCUAGCUAUGGAACGUGAGAGAGAUGCUCUUUCUAGCAACCUCUCACAAAACCAUGAAGUUGGCUCAACAGCAUCACCCACUACAAUUACCUCAUCAACAACAACAUCGAAUAUGAUCACAUCAACACCACAUACGAUCCACAAUGCCAACGCAACAAGUCCAGCCCCGCUAGUAAACGAAGCAGAUGACAACGAAUUGUCUGGAGCUGAAGAAGAAAAAGAGAUCGAGAAAGCUUUGUUGAAACCAUUAUUAUCACUUGAAGACCUCGUUAGAUUUUCAGCAUUAGAAGAUGGUGGGGAUUCUUUGAGGAAUUUAUUGCAACGUGGGCAGGAAACUAGUACUGAUUGGCCUGGAUUUGAAAGUGCAAAUAUCGGGUCCUACAUUCGGAAAAUGCUUGCUAUAACAUCACCAUUCGAAGGUCUUGAGUCACAAGAGCACAAGAUUCCUGAAAUAAUGAGACGACUUAUGAGUGAAGAUAUCAAUGGAGAUCAAUUGCGUGCAAAUUUUUAUCUUCAUUCAUCGCAACAACAAAACCAACAGUCAUCUCAAAAUCAUCAACAAGCUACUCAAAACCAAAAACCACCAAUAUCAACUGAUGAUUUCAUCCCAAGUAAUGAAGAUGAAGCGAGUGACAGUGGUCAAAGCAGAGCGAUAUUAAAAAUUCCGUCCUACAAGCCAGCAAAUCCGCCGGGCUUAAAUAAAAACAAUGGAGAAACAAAUUCUGGAGCAUUUGUCUUACCCCCAAGUACAGCAGCAAGCCCAGGUCUUCUCGAAUGCGCUAGCCCCACAUUUUCCAGUGCAAGUAGUCCAACAAAUUCAUUAGCUGGGAAAUCAGUGAGCGUGAAUUUUCGUGAUGUUAUUGCAAAAAGUAUAAGCUCCAAGUUUCAAGAAGGACAGCCUUCAAACCGACAAAACUGUCCAUCAAUGCUUAUUGAUUCCAAUCCCUUCAAACGAGGUAGGUACACCCCACCAGAACACAAUCAGGGACAACAGCAAAAGCCACAAAACAGCCAAGAGAGUAAAUCAAAAUCUAGCUCUAGUGGUAAAGGAACGAGACCUAAGCGUGGAAAAUAUCGUAAUUAUGAUCGUGAUAGCCUAGUCGAGGCUGUUCGGGCAGUACAAAGAGGAGAAAUGAGCGUUCAUCGAGCAGGAAGUUAUUACGGUGUGCCUCAUUCCACCCUUGAGUAUAAGGUCAAAGAGAGACAUCUCAUGCGACCCCGAAAAAGAGACCAGAAACAAGCCGAUGACAAAACAAAAGAAUCAUCGACGUCAAGCUCAACACUGCGGCCGAACCUUCAAGAUAAAAAGUCAACGAUGAAGACACAAAAGCCUUUCAAUCCCAGUCCUGGAAAUAUUCCUGGUUCGAACGGUAUGAAAAUACCAUUUUUAGAUGGUGUGCCACAUCUCCCAUUCGGCCAUCCCUUUAAUUUUUGGGGGCCAACACCCUUCAUGCCUUCACCAUUUAUAGGAGGAGCACCGAAUGUUUCGACAAUACUUCCUGAGCAGUACUUUGCCACACAACGAAUGCGAGGCCUCCAGGAACAGCAAAGAUCAGCGAUUGCUCAACAGCAACAGCAACAGCAACAGCAACAGCAACAGCAACAGCAACAGCAACAGCAACAGCAACAGCAACAGCAACAGCAACAGCAACAGCAACAACAACAACAACAACAACAACAACAACAACAACAACAACAACAACAACAACAACAACAACAACAACAACAACAAAUCACAAUUGAUAACAGAGAGAAAGUUGGAAUAGAGCCUUCCAAUCCUCGAUCAAUAGUGAAAACAACCCGUGAAAUGACUGAAAGUCUUUACGAAGGUUCUGGUGUGAAUGGUAGUUUUCUUGAUAAUUUGAUCAGAUCAAGUCUUGAAACAGGGAAACCGAGAGAGCAAGGGUUACCGAACGAUGAAGUUACUCAAACUCACCUAAAAGCUGCGGGUGGCAAAGCAAUGGAUCAGCUUUGCGAAAUCUCACGAAAAAUACCUGAGUCAAAAAUAACUCAGAACUGUAGUGAUGAUGAGAGCUACUUUAAUGCAAGAUCACUCUUAGAACGAGCAGAAAGAGUACCAAUUGUUGAUCUUAGUCCAUCUCUUACAGAUCAAACCGGAAAUGAUGAUCAUCCAAAUGAUCGUUUCACAUCAACGUCAACACUACACUCCGUUAGUCAAUUUGAUUGUCAUGAUAAUGAUGAACACGAAAUACAAGUAGAUCAGUUAACCAAGGAACGUGAUAUUCAGAACAGUGAUGAUGCAAUUAUUCAACCACAAUUAAGUGUUCAGUCAGAAUUACAAAAUAUUUAUACCCUGUCGAGUGAAAAAAAAAGUGCCUGUGAUAAUAAACUUAUAAUAGAUCAUUCGAGCCCUAGAAGCCAGCUAGCAUCUCAACAACAAACUACAGAUAGAAAUAAAGAGUUUCCGGGCACUAGUGGUUCAGACAUUGAACUUCAAAGAGAUUACUCUAGUACAAAUAACAAAUCGAUUGAUCAAGGUCAAGAGAGUAAUGCAAUGAUCGUUCAGAUUGCUCAAGAUCCAUGUGGUACUCUUGCUAUAAAAGACAACUUAGAACAUUAUACCGAAAACUAGUAUUGCCUGUGUUGAAAUUCAACAAUUAAUCAAGUAAUAAAAUAGACAGAACAAACAAUGACAAGAAAUCAAAACUUUUGAUGUUAUAAAUUAUGCCAAAAUUUUAUGACUGUUCGAAGCCUUUUCCGUUGAAACAAACACUUGAAACAACUUCUGCAAGUUCAGUAUUAGUUCUUAUUACAUGGAGAAAAUAACUGGAUAAUAACGUAAAAAAAAGUUCUAUUUAUAACUCAGUUCCGUUUCGUAUGGGGUCUCAUAUGACUCGUGAUACAGCUGGCAAAUUCAAAAAAAAUUACACAAGUAUAACUAUUAUAAAUUAUCAUCUUCAUUAUUAAAAUAAGUAAUAAUAUUUUUUUUUAUAUGAGGGCAUUCGUCAAUUGAUAUGAAAAACUUGAGAUUAUGCAUCGAUUUUUUUCACCUCAUAGUACCUUAUGUUCGACAGUUAUAAAUAAUAUAUAAUUUUAUACUAUUCGUUAAAAAAUCGUCUUUAAAUUUGGAGUGUAUUAAAAAAUUAUAAAACGAACUUACUUUGAAAAUAAAACGUCAAAGUAUAGAAUAAUACAAACUGCUUUCUCGGAUAAUAUAAUCGACAAAUUCAACUAAGUGUCAACAAAGUCUGGACGGAUAGUUUAGAUCACAUGUUGGAUCGGAAAACCGAACAAGACCAAGUACAGAAAAUAUACUGCUUUAGUAGAUCUGACGUGGAAGAUCGAGAAAGGUAUUAUGUUAAUUCCUGAUGACAUAAAUGUCGUAACAUGUGCAGAGUAAUAGAAAAAUAUGCUACAUGAGAAUGAAUGUAACAGAAGAAGCGCUGAUCAAAAAAUCAAAGACAAAAUAUGCGCACCACAACCCGUCAUCGCACACCCAUUAUACUACUACAGUAAAAUCAAUAGAACUAUUUAGUUUAUCGAUUAAUCUCGGAUUCUAUGGACAGAUAAAAAACAAGUCAAUCACGACAUAUUUUUUUCUUUUAUCAAUUUAGUGUUCUUAGCACUGAUUACCUAUUAUUAAUAUUAGUUAAUUUUUAAGAGAUAACUUAAUUACAAAAGAAUAAGAACAUAUUAUAUGCAUAUAUAUAUAUAUAUAUAUAUAUAUAUAUGAUAUACACAUAUAUUUUUGAUCAUAACAAAGUAGGCAAAAAGUUUGAAAACUAUUAAACACUUAGAAACCGAUAAAAUCAAAAUAGAGCCACCUUCUUUUUUAUAUCCAAUUUAAAUAAAGAGAACAAAUAUUUGCGUUUUUAUAAGUUGACAAUAUAAUCGAAAAAAAAAAAAAAAAAUUA